GAAAGAAAUUGAUAAUUCUGAAGGUCAAUUCUAGUACAUUCCGCGGACUCAUUGCCGGUUUGUUAGUUAGGAAAAAGCUGAGCUGUGAGUGGGUUGUAGUCUACGUAGUUAGUGACAACUUUUAUUGCAGCCAUGACUAUCAAAGCAGUUUGCGUGUUGAACGGUGAACAGGUAAAAGGAACUGUUCACUUUGAGCAGGAGGGUGCAAAUUCUCCCGUCAAGGUAACAGGUGAAAUAACCGGCUUAACAAAAGGUUUGCACGGCUUCCAUGUGCACGAAUUUGGCGAUAAUACAAACGGAUGCAUGAGUGCUGGUGCACAUUUCAACCCCCACAGCAAGGACCAUGCUGGUCCCGAGGACGCUGACCGCCAUGUUGGUGAUCUGGGCAACGUAGAGGCAGGUGGAGACGGAGUUGCCAAAGUCAACAUCACUGACAAGAUCAUCUCACUGACUGGAGAUCACAACGUCAUUGGCCGCACUCUAGUGGUGCACGCUGAUCCUGACGACCUGGGACGUGGGGGGCACGAGCUGAGCAAGACGACUGGCAAUGCCGGGGCACGUGUUGCCUGUGGGGUGAUCGGCAUUGCGAAGGCAUGAAGGUGUCCGGAUGUCCCCCUCUCAGAGGAAGCGAGUGUGGUGGCUGCCAAACUGUAGCCCUCUGAUGUCUAGCUGAGGGGGAAUUGAGUCCAUCAGGCACAUGACCUUCACUCUGUUUAUUCUUUUGUCGUUGUUUCUCUGCUUCAAAACUUGGCUGUAGAUGUCAGUUUAGUCUUCCUGUGUGUAGCAUUGUAUUGGAUCUGUGAGGCACCCUGCUCUUUGCCACACUGCUUAAUUUAAGCAAUCAUUUGUGGGAAGAUUUCGCAAAAGCCUUUCUUUACAUGAGAUACACUACUACUAGGAAAUAUUAAAAUGCUGCUUUUCCUCCUCCUAUUUAUAUCUUUGGUGACAAGCCACCAAAGAUACUAGCAACAAAGUUGGCGUUAUGUUUUAGUGCAGCAUAUCAUAUAUAAACAAAAUUAAAGAAUUUUACUGCUGUUGUGCCAUAUGAACUGAACGUGUGUACCUGAUGUAUGUUGUUGCUGCUUGGAACCACACUGAGUUCCCAAAGUUGGAGAGAAAAUAAUGGAAAUUGGCAAAGAUUGUCCUGGAAUAAGUGUCUGGUUUGUUUUAGUUAUCUCUGUUGCUAUCUGAUGGUUGCUCGUUGGAAGAUAGAAACAAUAUUUUCAUUCCUGAGGUGCCUUCUGUAUCAUCACACUGAGUCGAAUAAACUCAGUGGCUCAUGUGCCUGAUCAUUUUAUAACUUUUGUGAGUUGUUAAAUUCCUCAUUUGUUGUAUAGUGCUGGGUUAUAGUAUGUAAGCCGGUUGUACGAUUCUUUAUUUUGUAUCCAUUUUUUUGUAACUCUUUAUGCCUUAUGUUCAGGUAUAAAUCAUUUGAUAUCGGGAACAAUAUGUUGACUUUGUUGGUUAUUGUGUAGGUAGAGGGGGUUUCAUUGGUUCUGGCUGUUAUCAGAGAAUGUUGAGUUCGAAUGAAAUAAAGCCGGUGAAGAUGUUUUGUAUUCACACAUCAGCUCAUCUGGUGUGGGCCUCCAGCCAUUCCUUCAAUGAGACUGCUGUUUGCUUAAGAUGUAUAAAACCUGUGUUCCUGUAAAAGAUACCUAUAAUGAACCAAUAAACUAUAUUGCUCAAAGCA